AGGCGCGAGUCUCCAGAUACACUUCAGAACAGAGUGCUGGGCUUCUGGAUCAUGAGGAUGGUAUUUCCCAUGGGAGGCACAAAAGAGGAAGAGGAUCUCGAUGCUCGUUUUCAUCGGAUAGCGAGCCAUCUUCUAUUUCUAUGGGAGGAAAGUCAGUCAGUCACCACUCCCUGGGUGAGUGCUUGAUGAUGGCUUGCUAUUAGUUCUGCCAUUUUCUGCUUUGCAAGCCUUAAUGUUCCAAAUACUUGUUGUGGUUGUGAUUGUGGUUGUGGUUGCUUUCUUCAUUUUAAGUGUUUUUUAAAAUAAGGUACAAAAAUAACUAACACCUUGAUGUGUACAUACACACAUCGAGUGCACACUCUCAAUGUGCAAACACAUCUUCAGUGUAUGGACACAUCCUCAAUGUGUAAACAUAACAUCAUUCUGUGCAUAGAUCUUCACUGUGUGAACCCACCCUCAUUGUGCCAAUUGAUAAUACCUUGUCCUAUUUCUCAGGCAGUAGAUAAUGCUGAAAUUCUUUUGUCCCCAUCACAGACCCUUUGCUCUAUCCUUUCUCAAAGACUUUGUAAGUGAGUUGUGGUCUUUAAUGUCUAUUUGCAAUAUUUAUACAUUCUCACUGAAUGCAAUAUGCCAUUCUUUAUAAUUUUUUACUAAAGUGUUGUCUCUCUUAAUACAUUACUACAAUUUUCAUCUUCCUCAAAACUGUAAUAUUAAAAUGUACAAAAAUAUAAUGUAUGCACUUCAGUUGAGGAAUGAAAUCACAACUUAAGAAUAUACAAUAUUUUUCUACCAUUUCCUAACUGAUGCAUUCUCACUAUCUUACCCAAUUCUCUUGGCUGACUCCCAUCCACUCCCUCAGCACACAACCCCUGUAACACAACCAGUCAAUCCUUUCAAGUCUGUGGUUUCCUUGGUUUCACAAACCAAUUGUCUUGAGUUGUGUCUCACCAUUAUAAAGGUUACAUUUCGGGUUGGAGAUUUAGCUCAGUGGUAGAGCGCUUGCCUAGGAAGCGCAAGGCCCUGGGUUCGGUCCCCAGCUCCAAAAAAAAAGAACCAAAAAAAAAAAAAAGGUUACAUUUCUACAUAAUAACCUUCCUCCAAAUGAUUUUUAAGCUUGCUUCUGGAGGUUAUUUUGGAAAUAACAUGGGAGUCUCAUUUCUCUUCUUAUUCAGGCGUCAACUGUUCUGGUGGGUCUGUUAUCCCAAUCUCUGUCCCAUGGCCUUCCUUUCUGUGUCAUGUUUGGGUUUUCUGUUUGGCUGGAUUUGUUUUGUUCUUCUUAAAUUUAUAUAGCACAUCCUCUAUGAUUACUGUUUUCUUUUUGAAAAAAUGAGACAAUCAGUAUUUUCUACUAGAACCUUUAGUUGGCCAUCUCCCAAAAGGCUUUCUUCCCACUCCAAUGGCUGUAGACAAUUUCUCUGUUACUAUUAAGUCCACAAAAACAAACAAAAAACCCCACAGACCUUCCUCUCUUUUGCAAUGACUAUCAUAGUCUUUCUUCUUUCUGAAACACAAUUGGCCUCUAAGUCCCCAAACUUUUCUGUGACUGAAAGUACUAGAGUUCACACUUGGUCUCAUGAGUUUCGUUGAAUGCAGAAUGGAAAAUUAUUUUACUUCAACACUUUAUUUCUCUUGAUCACUCUUCAUUUUGCUACUGUUGAUUAAUAAUCUUCUAUUUUAAUAAUUGUUAUUUACCAGGGACCAACCCCUGCCAUUCUCCUUUCUUCCUAGUUCUCUCUUGAUGUAGCAGAAGGGGAGAGCAUCUGUGGGUCAAGGCUUGGUCUUUGGAGAUAUUUAGAGUUGCUGUUUAAUCAUAAAAUGUUUACCUAUCUUAAGUAUAAGUCACUUUGCCACUGUAGCUGACCUGUCUGAGUUCCUCCGAGGCCAGAAACUGCAUUUAGCACCUCAGAGUAAAAUGGCAGGGGAAUUAAGUAAAGUAGCCUUUGUUCUAUCUCUGCAGGAACUACAUGGCUCUAACUCCCAGCCUGCUAGUUAAAGUCACAGGAAGAAAAAGGAACACUUUGAAAAGUGAUUUAAAUCUUUAUUUCUAUGUUCACUCUAAAAAGAUCUCUAAGAAAGUUCUUCUAAAAGGUGGUUCUCUCAAAAAAAGUCCUUCUUCAAUUCUGUCCUAAAAGUCCUCUCUGUCUUCAGCACUUAUAAGUCGUUCAGAAUGCAUGAUCAUGUGGCGAGAAAUUCACCACAAAUUUAUACAUAAAUUCAAAUCAUAAGUUGAAUAAGAAGUUUACAACAGAGAGUGUUUACAUACAUAUCCAUUCAGAGUAAUUAUCUGGCUAAACAUUCAUUUUCUGUCACUAGCUCUGCAGUUACAUUGAAAGUUAAAAACCAUAAUUUUUGUGACUAAGGUGUUAGUGAAGUUUUGUAUAGAUAAACCCAGUCAAUAGUUUAUCUUCUGCCCUUAUACCUAUAGUAAUUCCUUAGUUCCCUUUUUUGACCUUUGGUUAAUUGUUUUACAACUUCUUGGAAUGUGCUCUAAGUUUGUAAAUGUCUGCUUGCUAUCUCAGAAGCAAUUAACUGAUGACACUGGAAGACUGGCAGAUUUCUCAAUGCAUUUUGACAUCAGAAAGAACCUAAUAGCAGUCAUAUCAUAAAAAAAUCUUAACUAAUUACUAAUAUAAUUUUAGGAAUUCUUAUAGAAUCAUCAUUAAGAACUGAGAGCAUCUAUUUGUCUAUAUAGCAUCAAUACAAGACAGUACAUCUUCAUUCUGCAGAAAUCUGCUCAAAGGGGUGGGUGAUUGUUAAAUGUAUUCAAUAAUAACAGGAAAAGCAUAUUAAUAUCAGGAGUCUUUCCUCAGAUGAAAUCCCAGCCUUACCUAGAGAAGCAAUCCAUCAUUAACUUUAUACUCCACAGCAGAACCAUCUCAGGAUGAUCACCUGCUAGUCUUUUAGCUUCUUCUUGAUAGCUCCUGGCAGUUACCAAGUAAAAAUAUUUCAAGACUUUUCUUUAUUCUUGCAUUAUGUGUAUUAACUAUGCUGUGUCUGCAUGUGGGACUAGCUUCAUUCUUCCUACUACAGAUUCAAGAUUUUCCUACCUGUUGACUUGAAUCUUUAAUUAUAAAAAAAAGUCACCUACAUUCAUGAUCAUGAUCAUGGUCACGCCUUUCACAUCUACCUACAUCUAUAGAACAAACCCAAAGUUUUGCUCUCUGGAGCUGUCAAAUAUAAAAAUAAAUUUUAAGGACCCCCUCCAUGCCUGAGGGCUCAGGACUUCUGGUUCAUUUCUCAUCUAUGUUCACUUAAACUUAUGUUUUAUAAUAAAGAUAUAAGUGGGGUCUUACUACAAAGCACAGGCUAGCCUUUGACUUGGGUUCUCAGAGCAUGGCUUCUAUAGUGCACCACCACACACCCAACUUGCAAGCAAGUCUUGCCCUAACUGGAUGCUAAGUACCCCUUCUCUCAGCCAUGUGUUUAUCUCAUCCAGUGCCUCUGCCUCUUCAGCUAAUGGCACUCCUGCUUGUGAGCAGAAGUGGAUACUCAGAUGUCUUCAGGGGGAGCUCCUCUCCAUCCUGAGUGUCCUCUCACUGGUCACUUCUAGCAGUGAUAAGUGACUUCUACACCUCAGUCAGGGGAACUCGCCUAACUGCAAGGACAGGCUUGGCUGUAUUUAUUUCUGUGGCUGUAACAAAUUAUCCCAGCUUUCUGGCUUAACACAGCGCCAACAUAACUUGCAGUUCAGUGAGUGGACCAGCACCACACCCAUCAAUGGGUGGGGGGACUUGUCAGCAGAUCUGUACUCCUUCAUGGGGAGUUCCCUUGUCCUUCCAGCUGGCACUUGUCCAGUUUCUUUGUCUCAGAGCCCCUGCUUCACUCCUCGGAGUUUAAAAAGGUCUAUCAAGCUUCAUGUCAUCUGGUCUCCUGCUUUCCCAUGUACCUUCUCCAUCUUAUCUGUUGCUCUCUCUUUGUUUUGGACACAGGUAAAGCUAAAAACACAGCUAGAUCAUACUUAAAAAUAGGGAGGGGGUUGGGGAUUUAGCUCAGUGGUAGAGCGCUUGCCUAGCAAGCACAAGGCCCUGGGUUCAGUCCCCAGCUCCGAAAAAUAGAAAUAGAAAAGAAAAAAAAAUAGAGAGGAUUUGUGUGUGUGUGUGUGUGUGUGUGUGUGUGUGUGUCUGUGUGUGUGUGUGUCUGUGUCUGUGUGUCUGUGUGUAUCUGCCUCUUAUACAAGGACUCGAAGGGCCGUUAGAGACAAAGUGCAUGACUGCAGAUUUCAGUGCAGGGGAAAUAAAGCCCAGGUUUGUGGAGGAGUGGGUACGAGUCAGCGCUGACAUGGAGGGUAUGCUAGGACAGACAGGUCACUGUGGAAGCACAAAAUAAUCCCCUUCAGGGUUUAUUCCCAUCAAUAAGGGAAACCAGGAAAAUCCCAAGGACAGUCUGACCUCUGUUUGUGUGUUUGUACACUGACCCCCUCUUCCAUUAACAGCAACACAGGUCCCCACAGAAACCUUCAGGGGGGACUGUUGUUCUUUUUAUUACACACACACACACACACACACACACACACACACACACACACACACACAAGACGGGGAAAAAAGGAAUUUUUUGGUAAAUCUCUUAGGGCUGCUGUUGCUUCGAUGAAACCCCAAGACCAAAGUCAACCAGGGAAAGAAGGAAACAGUUUCUUUGACUGUUUGUUACAUUUGCACACUGCAAUCUAACACUGAAGGAAGUCAGGACAGGAACUCAAGCAGGGCAGGAAUCUGGAGGCAGGAGCUGAUACAGAGGACAUAGGAGGGUGCCACUUACUGGCUUGCUCCCCAUCGUUGCUCAGCCUCCUCUCUUACAGAACCCAGGACAACCAGACCAGGUGGCACCAUCCAGAGUGGGAUUGGCUCUCCUCCAUCAAUCACUAAUUAAGAAAAUGUCCUACAAGCUUGUCUACAUCAGAUCUUAUGGAGGCAUUUUCUCAACUGAGGCUCCCUCCUCCCUAGUAACUCUAGCUAAAGACAACAUAACAUAAAACUAUCCAGCACAUGCUCUAAGGGCCAACUGGUGUUUCUGUAGGAGGAAACUCAGUCAGUCACCACUCCAUGGGAAUGUGCAGAUCCAAUCCUGCUCUAUUCCAAGAACCGCAAACUUCAGGCCAAGGACCAGCAAGUAGAACAAGAAGCUCCAAGUCCUUACACGACCCUCUAACAGGCAAGACUGGAGAAAUCACUGGAACCAUUGGACCUAUAAUGCAGUUCUCCGCACCUAUCCCUGGAGCUACGGGACCUAUCAAACUGUCUCAAAAAACCUUCCUGCAAACUCCUGGCCCUCUUGUGCAAUGUAUGGAUUCUAGUGCUGUAAUGCCCAUGGAAAUGUGUUAUCCACAGCCAUCACUGAAGUCUAGCUGUUAUCAGCAAUGUUCAGUCAAGCCUAGCUGCCAACAAGGAAUGAUGCCUCUCUGCCCUGAGUCGCAGACUUUACCCUUAUUAAUUACACAGAGAACUGGAGCAAGACGUGGACCACCUAUAAUACUGAAAAAGCAUUCAGGCCAGAUGAUGAGGCACGGAGGGAGCGUGACCUUCCAGGAAGACAACGGAGACACAAUGAAGUGGAGAAGAUGCCAGUGCGAGUUCUGCUGUCCUAAGAGAUACGAGUCGCACAUGGCCCACCAGCGACGAGAACCCAUAUGGUGUGAAGAACCAGCGCCGCAGCAGCAGCAGCAACAGCAGCAGCAGCAGCAGCAGCCACAGCAGCAGCAGCAGCAGCAGCAGCCUCCUCCUACUCCUCCUCCACGAAGACAAGAAUCUCAAGUAAGAUUUGACCAAAGAAAUGAAAACUGCUAUGACGCCCAGACCAUUUGUUAUGAAGAACCAUUCCUUUUCAGAAGACUGGAGUCCCUGAUAAGGAAGAACCAAGACGGGAUAGUAAUAAAGCAAAAUGAAGGCGGCCUCCUGAUAAAGAAGGCUGAGGACCACCCAUCAGAACACAAAAAGAAAGGGAAACCCAAGAAGUCAUCAGAACCCCAAGACACUGACUCGGAUUCAAGUGCACCACCAAGCUCAGAUCAACCUGAAGCAAAACCCGAACCACAACCAGACGAAGGGGAGGAGAAGAAACAAAAGAAAGAAAAGAAGAAAAAGAAGAAAAAAGACAAAGGCGAUGGGUGAUAGGGCAAAACACGACCUCCAAUGUGAUCUCCCCAUCAGAUACAAGCCGUGUCUGCCCUCACCCCAGUGCAUCAUGGUUAUCAAAUUCAUUCCCUCUAGACAUCUUCAUUUUUUGCUGUUCUGAGGUUUGCCCUUACUACACCUCCCUGCCGCAAUCUUCAUCUUCCAAAUUUUGCUUUAUUAGUCAAAAUAUAUAAUCCAAUUAAGAAAGAUGGUGUUUUCUGAAAUAAAACCUUUACUAAAUAUCUAA